UCCUGGGCACAGGGCAGGGAAAGACUCUUUUAAAGGGAAAUUUGGGGUAUUGAUGGUGGAGUUUCAGGAGUUAGGAACAGUUUCAGGGAAACUUUUAGUCUGUUCAGGUUGCUAUAAAAUAUCCCAGACUGCAUAACUUAUAAACAAACAUUUCUCAUAGUUAUGGAGGCUGAAAGUCUGAGACCAGGGUGCCAGCAUGGUCGGGUGAAGACUCUCUUUCUGGCUCAUAACUGGCACCUUCUUAGUAUGUCUUCAUAUGGUAAAAGGGGCUAGGGAGCUCUGUGGGGUCUCUUUGAUAAAGAACAUUAAUCCCAUUCAUGAGGGCUCCGCCCUCAUGAGCUUAUUACAUCCUAAAAGAUCCACCUUCUAAAGCCAUCACAGCAGGUAUUAGGAUUUCAACAUAUGAAUUUGGGGGUAACACAGAUAUUCAGACCGUAGCCCCUUUUAUGGAGAGGUUUAGGAUACCUAGGGAGGCUUGGGGCAUUGAGAAACUUAGGGGUUCCUGGGAAGGGACUUAAGAGUCACAUCCCCAAAAGGAAAUGUUCAGUGAGGGUCUGGAUAAGGAGAAAUGACAAGUACCCUGAACAGGAUGAGAGGAAAAACAGAAGGGCAGGUGGGAUAUAAGGGGUUGCCCAGUGCCUCCACUUCCUUGCCUCCCAUGACCUCCCCAUCAUUCUGGCCCCACCCCAUUCUCCCAAAUACUGCUCACCAAAGUCAUCAAACUACCUGUUCUGCAGUGGUCUACACUGUUAGCUGCACCCAGAAAGCCUCUCAGACUCUCAGCAAACAUUCCAGGUGGCCUCAUCUGUGGCUGCCUUGGGCUAAGCUCUGGGGACACAGAACAGGUCACAGCUGGUCCCUGCCUUCAAGAAACUCACAGGCCAGGAGGGGAAACAGACACAUAAGGGCAACACAGUAUGAUUAGGACAGUGACAGAGGGAAGCACAGGGUGAUUUAAGAGCACGGAGUCAUCAGAAGACUCCCUGGUGAAGGGGACCCCUGAGUUAAGCCUUGAAAGGUGGGUAGCAGGAGAAGGGCAUCCCCAGCAGAUGGCAAUGUGUGCAGAGCCACGGGGAGGGAAGAAGUGGAGCCUCACCUGGAACUUUGUUCUGUACUGGAGAAGCCAAGCACAAGGCUGAAGAGGUCACGGAGGGCUAGGUUACAGAGCACCUCAAAUGCCAGCAUGAGGAGGAUUCUAUCCUGAGGAUGAAGAAACUGAGACCCAAAGAGAGAUAGUAACUUGUCUAGGGCUACCUCCAACAUGCAGCCUCCUGCCAUGGUGUCUCUGCUGCUUGUGUCCAUGGGCCUCAUGGAAGCACUUCAGGCCCAGAGCCACCCCAUCACUCAACGAGACCUCUUCUCUCAAGAAAUGCCCCUGGAUAUGGCCCCAGCCUCCUUUGAUGACCAGUAUGCUGGCUGUGCAGCAGCCAUGACAGCUGCCCUCCCGGAUCUCAACCAAACAGAGUUCCAGGCCAACAAAGUGUAUGCUGACGGCUGGGCACUGGCAAGCAGCCAGUGGCAGGAGCGCCAGGCCUGGGGACCAGAGUGGGGCCCCAGCCCUACCCGGCUGCCCCUGCCACCCCCUGGCUUCCGCGAUGAGCAUGGGGUGGCCCUCCUGGCCUACACAGCCAACAGCCCCUUGCACAAGCAGUUCAACGCAGCCGUGCGGGAGGCGGGCCGCUCCCGAGCCUCCUACCUCCACCACUUCUCCUUCAAGACACUCCAUUUCCUGCUGACUGAGGCCCUGCAGCUGCUGGGUAGGGGCCAGCGUUCACCCCAGUGCCGCCAGGUGUUCCGAGGGGUGCAUGGCCUGCGCUUCCGGCCAGCAGCACCUGGAGCCACCGUAAGGCUGGGAGGAUUUGCCUCUGCCUCCCUACAGAAUGUUGCAGCCCAGCAGUUUGGGGAGGACACCUUCUUUGGCAUCUGGACCUGCCUUGGGGCACCUAUCAAGGGCUACUCCUUCUUCCCUGGGGAGGAUGAGGUGCUGAUCCCCCCCUUUGAGACCUUCCAGGUAAUCAAUGCCAGCAGACCAGCCCAGGGCCCUGCCCGCAUUUACCUCCGGGCCCUGGGCAAGCGCAGCACAUACAACUGUGAGUACAUUAAAGAUAAGCAGUGCAAGUCUGGGCCCUGCCGUCUGGAUAACUCAGCCAUGAGUCAAGGCCCCAUUUCUGCAGUCUGGUCCCUCCUACUGCCACUCUGGCUCCUUGUCAGAGGAAACUUUCCAUAGACUCCAGGCCUCCCAUCAUCCUUCCAACACUGAACAGCCCUGCCUGCUGCCUCUACCCAACAUGGGGAUGUUGGCCACAUGUGUGCUUUAAAGGCAGCCAGGAUCCAUGGUAACUCCAUCUGCUGGGAACUCUGGGACGUUGGUAGCUGCCAGGCCUGCUGAUGGAGAAAUAAGGGAAUCUGAGGACUGAGCCUUAGCCAAGGCUCUAAGAAUGAGACACUGAAUAGACACGGGGGUCUCUACAACAGGCAACAACUCACUUGGAGGUUAAACUAGUUUGGGGGGGAAUGGGGAGGAAAGCACUUGGCCAGAGCAUUUGCUGGUAUUACUCAAAUGCCUCACAUGUGCACCUGGAAAGCUCCUAUUCACUCUCCCAAGAAGCCUUCUCUGACUUCUCCCACCUGGCUGGGCUAGGGGUCCUGCCUCUCUGCUCCCACAGGUCCUUAGAUGCUUCUCUACACCACGUGUUCAUGUUUGCCUCCUGUAUCAGAUGGUGAGCUUCCUGACGGCAGGGACUGGGUCUAAAGCACAGAGGUAGUGCUAGAAAACGUGUAAAUCAAAAAGGAACAAACAUCUUGCGAAUGGCUCAUCUCUGCAGUGCCCUGCUCUGGACAUUUUCAAGCUCUCUGAAUGUCAGUGUGUAGGAAUGAUGUGGACUGGCUCUAGCUCCAGACAGUAGAGAGCAGGAGAAAUAGCAGAGACAGCAUUAGGUUCUCUGCCAGGGUCUCAACUGAAUGCGCAAUUGAAUUCUUGUCAGCAAAGACAUAUAAUUUCUGCUCUGA